UUCUUUUUCUUUCUUUCUUUCUUUAUCUUUUCUUUCAAUAUGACAAUUUAUUAUACUGCAACGUUUUUCAUUCUUGUUGUCGAGAUGGUCGCGUUCUGUCUCCUUGUGAUUCCCCUUCCUUCUCGUUGGCGUAGAGCGAUUCUUAAAUUUGCCUCUACUUCCCCUGUGGUUGCUAGAGCCAUUAGUACCUUAAAGAUUGUAUUUGGCUUUAUUUUUGUCUUGUUUAUUGAUGCUGUAAACCGUUUACAACGUAUUGAUCAAGAUCAGCCUGAAGAAUCUCAUCAAUACCAUGAUUAUAGUUAUGAAACAAGCUUAAAGGCACGCAAGUUUUAUGCUCAAAGAAACCUUUAUUUGACUGGAUUUACUUUAUUCUUGUCCUUAAUUCUCGAGAGAACAAGCACUUUAUUGAUUCAAAUGUUGAAGCAUGAUGAAGCAUUGGAAGAUGCUAAAAAGGAACAUCUUUCUUCUCAAGAAGAUCAAAAGCGUCUAUUGGAAAUGGAGAAAUCAUAUGAAACAAAGAUUGAAUCUCUUAAAAAAGAAGUAUUUGAACUAAAGCAAGAAGAAAGAGACUUUGAGAACCUCAAGAAGCAAGUUGAACAACAAACUGCUGAAUACCAUCGAUUGGCUGAUGAACGCAGAAGACUCGAGUCUUCUUUGAAUGAACCCAAAAAGACUGUUUGAAUUCCCCCCUCCCCCUCCUUUGAUUCCCUUUUCAAAUAAAAAAAUAAAAGAAUA